AUGGAGGCCCAUAACGUGUUUACUUCGUUUCAGGGAUUGACAAUGCUGGUGUCACAGCAGCAGAAAAUUCUCAGUGGCUUGAUUGAUACCUACUGUAGAAUGUCCGGGAUGGCUGGGCCCCUUGAACAAGAACAGAUUGAUGCUAUCAUUUCAAAAGAGCCAGCUGAGAGAAACGGAAGCUAUGUUAUCACUCACAAUCAGGUUCGGUCGUGCCUUGAUGGGCUCGGCAUGUGGAUGAUCGAAACAGUCGAAGAAUCGGCGUCUGAUGAGGAGAAACUUUCUUGUUUGCUGGCCAGCAUUGGUAAUUUAUUUGUGGUUGCAGCAAAUGGCAUUGCCAACAUUGCAAUUGUACGCAGUGGAAACAAAUCACAGGCUGCAGAACUACCGCCGGAGCUCCCAUACGAGCUUGCUGCAAGCAACAUGCGAGAUUUUGUCAAGACAAUUCAGAAGCACCGAACACGAUUACAGCGGAAAUUUUCAGACGAAGAAAUUGACCAACUUAGUCGAGAGUUUAGCAUAUUUCUCCGAGCGUACUGA